GUUCAUUCUAUCACACCUUACUUAAGUGACACUGAUAAAUACUCUAAGCUAACAGCUCUGAUUUUUUACCGUCAUUCUGAAGGCAUCUGAAGACCACAGUGUGUGAUUCUCAGCAUUGCUGCUGAGGUCAGUACAGUAAUCCAGAAACUGAAAGUAACACCCGGAGAAGCCAUUAGAAGAAGAGACCAGCAGCUGCUGAAGAAAAUGACAUCUACAAUCUCUCUACAAGAGAAGGAUCUUUUAUGCUGUGUUUGCUGUGAAAUCUUCAGGGAUCCUGUUCUACUGUCGUGCACCCACAGUGUGUGUAAAACCUGUCUGCAGAAGUUCUGGGAAAGUAAAGGGUUUCGAGAAUGUCCAGUUUGCAGAAGAAGAUCCUCAAGAGAAGUACCUCCACUUAACCGGAUACUGAAGAACCUUUGUGAUUCUUUUCUAGAGAGCAGGAGUCAGAGAUCUUCAGCAGGGUCUGAGGGGCUAUGCAUUCUUCACAAUGAGGAACUCAAACUCUUCUGUCUGGAUGACCAACAGCAUGUAUGUGUGGUGUGUCAGACUUCAAAGACACAUCAAAAUCACCACUUCUGUCCAACAGAUGAAGCUGUGACUAGCCUCAAGGAUAAACUCCAGUCUGCUUUGGAGAAUCUUCGGCAGAAUCUGAAAGUCUUAGAGGAAUCUAAACGAGACUAUGACCAAACAGCCGCCCACAUUAAGACGCAGGCCCAGCACACAGAGAGGCAGAUAAAGGAAGAGUUUGAGAAGCUUCACCAGAUUCUAAGAGAUGAAGAAGCAGCAAGGAUAGCUGCACUGAAGGAGGAAGAGGAGCAGAAGAGUCAGAUGAUGAGGAGGAAGAUUGAGGAGAUGAAUGGAGAAAUAUCAGCUCUUUCAGACACAAUCAGGAACAUAGAGAAGGAGAUGGAGGCUGAGGACGUUCUGUUCUUACAGAACAUCAAAUCCACAAUGACACAACUUCAGCUCACACAAAAGGAUCCAGUGUCCACUGAAGGAGCUCUGAUCAAUGUUGCUAAACACCUUUCUAACCUGAAGUUCAGAGUGUGGGAGAAGAUGCUGGAGCUUCUCCAGUACACCCCUGUUACUCUGGACCCCAACACUGCACAUCCAAUCCUCCACCUGUCUGAUGAUCUCACUGCUGUAGAAUUCAGAAAUGAGGAGUCAUCACUGCCUGAUAACCCAGAGAGAUUUGACAGCUCUGUGUGUGUUCUGGGUUCUGAGGGUUUUAACUAUGAGAAGCACUGCUGGGAUGUUGAGGUUGGGGACAGUGAUCACUGGGAGCUGGGUGUGAUUUCAGAAUCUGCGUCAAGAAAGGGAGACUCUUUCUGUGGUUCAGUGUGGAAACUGUGUAAAAGUAAUAAUAAAUACUGGAUAUGCAGCCCAGGACAGCCUGACCUCUCCCUCAAACCUAAAGAGAGUGUCCAGUGGGUCAGAGUGCAGCUGGACUGGAACAGGGGGAAAGUCAAAUUCUCUGAUCUACUAUCAAGUGCACAUCUGCACACUAUAACAGGCACUUUCACUGAGAAAGUUUUGCCGUUUUUCUGUAAUGGAUCUGUUUGUCCUCUAAGGAUCUUAUCAGUGAAGACGUCGGUAUCAGUGGAAAAGUGAAGUUGUUAAAUUAGCAAUGCAAUAAUAGGAACAGAUACUCAUUAAUAAGUAACAUGUGGUGAGGUAAGAAAAACUGUGUUAAAAUGAAGUUUAAAUGUGUCACAUAUGACAGUUAUUCACAUCUCAAGAAGCUGUGAAGAAAACUGGCACAUCUCCCAUUCAUACACUCCCUAUUGGAAACUACAAGAAAUAGCUUCAAACCCACUACUACUACUGGUAUGUGUGUGUUUUUAAGUGAACUUCUCACUUGAAAUUCCAGUGUAAGUGUUGUUUAUUCUCAGUUUUGUAGGUGUGGAGACGAAAGCUCUGUAGACACUAUCUGGAUUUAAACAUGAACAACUUUAUUUCAAAUUAACAAGAUAGUGUCAAAGCCCUGUGAGAGUCCUGAAGGCCGAAUGUGUCCAAGUUGUGUCCAAGUUGCCUCAGCUUUUAGGCUGAAUGUACGCACAUACAUAACACACAUACAUACAUUUACAUAAGGAAACAUCUGGAAAAGCUUAGGAAUAUGUUUUGUGAUUUUAGUCCAUUUGUCUGGAUUUAUAGGAUAUCCAACUACAGCUCAACCUGCCAAGCACAACACGAAUAACAAGACAUAAAACUCGAAACACGAGCUCAUCAGAUGCGUAAGCCUCGGAUGUGAUUUCUCGUGUUGCUGAGCUACAGAGACUGUUGUUGAAAGACACAGGCGAUGAGCAAAACUAUGAUUGUACUUUGUUUUCAGAUGUACAGAAGCACAUUUUUUGCCAGCUCUUCUCCGCUGCGACAUCACUCGAUCCAAGGUUACUAAUGUAGGGCUGCAUAGGUAAUGUACUUUAGCAUUAAAUGUUAAGGUACAAAACAUUCAUUUACACUAACAAGUACUUAACUUAAUUUUAACAAGUAAUCAACUUAAUUGUAAGUAGGCUACUCAAUAUGGUAUCAGAACUCAAUAUUGGCAAGUGUCACGCUUCCAGGUUCUCCUCCCUUGCCUAGUACGCUCCAGGACUCCAUUUCCCAUGAGUCCAAUCCCAAUGAUGUCACCUUCUCCUCCAGUCACACGCAUCUGCCUCAUUCUCAGUCACCUGAAUUCUGAAGUGAUUCACCGGUGCCUGUUUGGUCUCAGAGCUUAAAUAGCUGCUGGUUUGGUUUCCUCUUUGCGAGGUACUGCCCUUCACUGGAUUACUGAGCAGUUUUCUACUGUUGUCUCAACUUGUGUUUUGAACCCUUUGCCUGUAUUUUGGAUUUUGCUCUUUUGUCUUUGCCCUUUUGCUCUGGUUGCCUGUAUGUUUAGUCUUCUCUGGUUUUAGACUCUUGUUUGGUUUUUGGAUUCUGAUUUUGGAUUUGCCCUGUCUUUCUAUCUGACACCUGUCUUCUAUCUUUCUAUCUGACACCUCUCUCAAUAAACAGACUUUUGUUUUUAAGA